UUGACGUGGCAGUCGUAAACAAAGAUGGCGACUGAGAUUUAAAAAAAAAACUUUUCAGAAUCACGGCGAAGGUUUGACAGUUCAGUGUUUCAUCUCGAACGGCAUCGAUUUGUUGUAGUUUAAACCUGCGGAAUGAGCAGCUGGGCUGGGUUUUCUGACGAGGAGCUGCGGAGGCUGCAGCAGAAAGAGUCCUCCAUGGUUCGGGGACGGAAGCCGACUCAGGCGGCUCGGAACCGGCAGCAGUUGCAGCGAGAGAGAGCCCUGCAGAUGUCCGCUCAGAAAACCUCCGCGUCUCCGGGGCUUCCUCCGGAGCAGCAGCUCGCUAAGCCGCCGCUGAAGGCCGCCAGUCCGCCGGCUGCAGCGGUGGUGGACAAGCCGAAGAUCAGCGAGUCGAGCCGGACAGAAGCGCUCCAUCCUGCCGCAGAGGAGGGGGCGAGCUCGGAGGUGAAGGAGUUGGAGAGACGAGAGGUGGAACUGCGAGAGAGGACACGUCUGGAGCAGCUGCAGCAGGAGCAGAAGGUCAUCGAGGAGCGGAACCGACAGAAGAAAGCUCUGCUGACAAAGACGAUCGCUGAGAAGUCCAAACAGACGCAGGCUGAAGCCGUGAAGUUGAAGAGGAUCCAGAAGGAGCUGCAGGCUCUGGACGACAUGGUGUCCAACGACAUCGGCAUCCUGAGAGGAAGAAUCGAGGAGGCCAGCUGGGACUACACUGCAGCCAGGAAGCGCUAUGAGAAGGCGGAAGCCGAGUAUGUAGCGGCCAAACUGGACCUGCACAGGAAGACGGAGGUGAAGGAGCAGCUGACGGAGCAUCUCUGCGCCAUCAUUCAGCAGAACGAGCUGAGGAAGGCUCACAAGCUGGAGGAGCUGAUGAAGCAGCUGCUGCUGCAGGCCAGCGAGGAGGAGCUGGAGAGGCUCAGGAGGCAGGAGGAGGAGGAGGAGGAGAAGGAGAAGAAGAGGAGGCAGGAAGAGGAGAAGAGGAGGCAGGAUGAGGAGAAGGAGGAGGGGAAGAGGCAACAGGGGGAGGAGAGGCAGGAGGAGGAGGAGAAGAAGAGGAGGCAGGAAGAGGAGAAGAGGAGGCAGGAGGAGGAGAAGAGGAGGCAGGAGGAGGAGAAGAGGCAACAGGAGGAGGAGGAGAGGCAGGUGGAGGAGGAGAAAAAGAGAAGGAUGCAACAGGAGGAGGAGGAGAAGAAGGGGCAGGAGAAGGAGAAGAGGAAGAUGCUGCAGGAGGAAAAAGUCUGUGAGCGCGAGGGGAAGAGCAGUGAGAGGCAGCUGCAGUUGGACCUUCAGAACGGUGUGCUGGACCUUGUUACAGCUGGAGGCGGGGACAGCUGGACUGUCAAGAACGGUCACCUGACUGGAGGAGGCUCCUCGUCAUGAUGCUCAGAGUAGUGAGCCUCCCUUGAGUCGUGACUCUGACUCACAGGACUGAACGUUUUCAAGGGUUUUUAUAUGUGGUGACGGGGCCACACACCAGGGGCCUCUCCUGCGGACUGGGCCAACGCAGAGGAGUCAUGUGACUACACAAAGGUGGCAGAAGAAAAUCAAACUGGUGUGGAUGUUAGGAAACUUGUGGAGACAAAAGGAACGCACCCCGAACUCACAGACAAAUCUUCAGUUGUGGUGUGUUUAUAUUGCACUGGUGUCGCUCCGGUUGUGUCUCGGUGGGGCCCGGUACACAAGCGCCCUGUCAAUGGCUCUGGAGUGGAUCCUGGAGCGGCGUGGUGACGGUGAGGUUCAGGAGCGGUCCGACGCAGGUCUGACCCUGGCCAUGAAUGAGUGUCAAAGGUCAGAGGCUGAGCAAGUGCCACAGCUUGUUUUGAUCAGGUGUCUGCUUUUUCAACAUCUUGAAGUUUCAGGACGCAAAGAAUGAGAACUGAACCAGAGUGGACUCUUUUGUGACGGGAGUUUCCACGUGUUUCCGUAGGAUUCUCCGGGAAAGUGAAACCACACGGAGCAGAAAACGUCGCUGAAAGAAGCAUCGUGAGUCUGAAACAAGCGUGUGUGAGAGCGAGAGAGACGGCCGCGUGCACGCGAGUAACUGACGUCGGAAAUAUGGCGCUGAGCGCGAGACCGACCGCGGAAAAUAAAUAAAUAAAUUAAUCGAGGUCGGCGCAUGAGUUGCAAAGACCUCGCUUUAUUUUGAGCUCUUGUUUGAGAGAGAGAGAGUGCGUGUUAGUUCUGCUGCCGUUCGAGUCCGUUUCUGAUCUCACGUGCGCGCGCGACCAUAAUUUAAUGGAAUAAAUAUGGUAAUUAUGUGAGGGGAAAUUCGACACCGAAUGUUGCCUGUCAGACGCGUUUCUCCGCCGUUAAUUGAAGAACAACAUUGAUGGUGAACGUUCACCGACGACAUUUAAAGGUCCGUCACGUUAGACGGUCGAACAUACGGAGACACGCACCCGAAACACGUGUUCACGUCUGUUGAAAUGUUUCAAGGCCGAACACUUUUUUUAAUGAAUGCAUUCGAAAGACAAUCUUUAUCAUUCGCUUAAUGUUUGCGCUGUUGCGUAGGACAAUGAAGCUCCAGCACAAAAUGUUUUCUUCAACUGAACCGACCACAAGUUUAGUUCUUCCCCACUAAUGAAUAGCUUUGACUGUAAAUGUCAAUCAAUGCCGCCUCCUUACAUUUAUUUCAUUGUUUUUCUGAAUGACAAGAAAUAAAAACAAUCGAUUUUUUCCCGACAUGUGCUUUAUUAUUAUUAUUAUUAUUAUUAUUAUUAUUUUAAAUGUCAUUGAUUAAUUUUCAUCUUCGUGAUUAAAACACAUUUUUUGAUUAAUAUUUCUGGUUAAUAAUUUAGAUUUCAAAUACCAUUUUCAAAUAAUAUAAAAAAAAUGUCGUAAUUCUCAAUGAGUUUCAAAACUUUUCUUCCCCCCCAAAAAUAUUCGUCGCGAUUAUUGUGUACAUACAUUUGAACUCCAAUCUGAUGGCAAACUGUCACGUUUGUUCGCUCUAAAGAGCCCCAGUUACGUCUUUAAAUAUCAUCUUAAUUGUGAUUUUAUAAAUCAAAAAAGCGACAUAACCGACUGUUCCGGAGGGAAAUCAUGAAUUUAAGUUCGUCGUCCUGAUUCCGAGUGAACAUAUCUAACGUUUGUCCGUCUCAAGUGGAGUUCGUCUCCUCACCUCAUUGUUUAAUAUAAUCAAAUCGAAAAAUCAAAAGUCACUCACUAAAAUGAUUAUACACACACACACACACACACACACACACAUAUAUAUAUAUACGAAUGAAACUGAGUAACAAUUUAAAUACUCAGUCAAUACAUUCAAAAUAAUACAUAAAAUAAGUAAAAAUAAUAUAAAAAGUAAAAAAAAAGGGCGUUUUAAUGCAUAUAUCAAAGACCAGAUUUUUGUCUUUAAUUUUAACAAGAACGGACGAACCGAAGUCGUAAUUCUCUCCGCAUGAAACAACUUUCCUUCACCAUCAGAAUCAGAAACGCUCGUGCGUCUAUUAACGCUGCGGUUCUGACGAGUUCAUAAUGAUCCAUGUCGCUGCGGGUCAGAACCAGAACCAGUCGCCGCAUGUUUCUCCUUACGAGCUUAAACAGAAGCAGACUCUCACGCGCGCCGGAGCUUUGCGCGCCACAUGACGUUUUUGGCGGAUAGGUGCCGUUACAUUAUGACCACCGACCGUCCCUGACGUCGGGGGGAGAGGGAUGCGCACGUGAGCGAGAGCUGAGCCAAAAGACGUCGAGGAUUCACCAAACUAACGAGAGCGGUGCAGACGGCGAUUGAUGUUUUAUGUUGUCUGCGGUUACCAUGACGACCAUCUUUGCUGACGCGAUCUGAGGCGAUCGCGAUGACGCUGACACAUAUUCUUUCAUUUGUUGUUCUCUCUAUUGAAAUGUUCCCAGGAAUAAUCGUAAUUAUCGGAAGGUCUUGGGAGCAGAACUACAGCGGGACUGUGUGAAUGUUUUCUUUUAUUUUACUUGAAUGAUAGUAUUUCAUUUUCAUCUUUUAUACACAAGUAGGGAAGUGGAAUGUAAGGCCGAAAGUCAUGGCUGCGCCCCACAGUCUAACAGGGCCACCUGAGGCCCCACCUCUGUGCAGAGGGGCCGCUCGCAGCCUUGUCCUCCAAAGGAUGAAAUCAAGAAAAGUUGACUUUAUUUGACGUGAGAAAUCGACCUACAUUGGGGUCCGAGCCACCAGCUGAGGACCACAUGAUCAGAGGGAGGGAGUGCGGUCGUCUGACACCUGCUUGACUGUCGUGAAGUUCCUGAUCAAGUUUUUCUCGUCUUGUUUUUGUGCUUGUUGCUGGUUGGGUGUGGUUCAGAACUCGACUGACGCCAAACACUGGUGUCUGGACCCUCCUCCCCAGCUCCUCACCCUCGUCCCUCCAGUGUGUCCUGGGUCUGCCCCGGGGCCUCCUCCCCGCUCUCUCCUGUC